AUGGACGAGAUCGUCCAUAUUGGCCUGCAUGCACAGCCGACGGGAGACCAGCGAUGAACGAGCGCGGGGCCGCGCAUCGUUCAUCGCUGGAGUCUCCACACUGAAAGAUAUGACCGAGUUCUCGUUCAUUUAUGAACGAGAUUGUUCAUAUCUUUCAGAAUAUCGGCCAGUGUGUAGGGCCUAUUAGAGAUUGCAGACGGAUGACUCAACUGAAGAUUAAUUCCAAAAAUAAAAAAUUGAAGGAGUGGGAAAAGAAAACAAAGGACUUCUUCCUGUUGGUUGAGGAAGAAAGUCCAUCCAUGAGGGAGAAGGUGCAGAAAGUUAAUACUCCACACAAGAGAAAAACACCCCAUAAGAAAGGACAAUCCACCUUGAGUGAAGUUUUACCCCCAAAAAAGAGAAAAAUACUUUUCUCUCCUGUCAAGGGCGAUGAAACACAAAGUUCACCAGCUGAAGGGCCUGCGGGAGACAUCAGUAUUGCCAUGCCUGCGGGAUACUCCGAUAUUCCUAAGAAUGUAGGAGAGUCCGCUAUUCACAGGCCUGUUGAGGAGUCUGAUAUUUACAUGCAAACAGUAGAGUCCGAUAUUGCAAUGCCUGCUGGAGAGUCCAACAUUGCAACGCCUGCUGUAGAAUCAGACAUUGCAACGCGUGAUGUAGAGUCCGACAUUGCCAUGCCUGCUGGAGAGUCCGAUACUGGCAGUCCUGCUGGAGAGUCCGACAUUGCAAUGCCUGCUGGAGAGUCCGAUACUGGCAGUCCUGCUGGAGAGUCCGACAUUGCAAUGCGUGCUGGGGAGCCCGACAUUGCCAGGCCUACUGGAGAGUCCAACAUUGCAACGCCUGUUGGAGAAUCAGAUAUUGCAACGCCUGAUGUAGAGUCCGACAUUGCCAUGCCUGCUGGAGAGUCCCACAUUGCCAGGCCUACUGGAGAGUCCAACAUUGCAACGCCUGUUGGAGAAUCAGACAUUGCAACGCGUGAUGUAGAGUCCGAGCUUGCCAGGCCUGCUGGAGAGUCCCACAUUGCCAGGCCUGCUGGACAGUCAGACAUUGCAACCCGUGAUGGAGAGUCCGAGCUUGCCAGGCCUGCUGGAGAUUUUCAUAUUGCCGACCAUUUCAUAACACUGAGCAUAGAAGAUAGAGAUAUUGUCACACAAGCACAUGUAGACCGUGCCCAUCAUGAAACACAUGGAGGAAAUAUUCAAUCCAUUGAACCUGGUAUUCCACAAACCACUGCAUCUGAACAAACGUUAACAGAUAGGGAAUAUAUGCAACAUUCAUUUUCAAUAAUUAGCCAUGAAAUUCAAACAAUGUCACUGAGGAUGGAUGAACAUUAUUUAAGACUGUCGCAGAGAAUGGACCAGAUUCAAGAGACACAGAGUGUACAUGCCCAGUUGAUGAUCACAAUUGGGAGAAGUAUUGACUAUCCAAAAGACAGGCUCAGUGGAAUACCCUGUCAGUUUCAUUUGGGAUUACUGCACCUCCUUAGCUGGCAACAACAAGCAAAUGUGAACACAGCACUUAUUGCCACUAACCUUCAUCAAAUGGCUGAAUCUGGCAGAGGAUCAGCUCGAGACCACUACGACCACACCAGAACUUGUGCAAGCAACAUCAACUCAGACUGAUGCUUUUGAACCUUUCAGAACACCUCCAUUUGACUAUGAUAUGCUGUAUAGGAUUCAAGAAGCAUAUGACAGAUGGAGAAACGGUCAACGUACCCCUGAUCCUGACCAUGAUCAAGAUACAUGAAUGAAAACCUAAUGGAAAUGAAGAAUAACAUGAUUGACACUUUCGGAUGGACCUCUGCACAGAACAAAGUGAACGGGCUCAAGCGGAAUAUGUUGCAUUAUAAAUCAUUAAUAAAAAACAUUGCUAUUAUCUUUCGUUUAUUUAUAAAGUACUGUGCGGAUAAUACGUUUUUAAUUCUGGUAAAUUUUUAUUGAAGUCCACGUAAUAAAGAUCCAACGUAACAUGAUAUCUUAACAGUUGUUGGUGCUUUGAUAUUUUAUAAAAAUUUAUAUAUAAAAAUAAUAUGUAAGCUUGAUUAUAUUUUCAAGGAAUGAUUCCUCUGGAGAUGGACAUUUUUGAAGUUUCCUUGUUGAACUUGCUUGAUUUUUUAUUUUUUUUCAAACUGGAUAUAUAAAAAUUUUAGAUCAAU